AAGGUUAAAUAUUUGCUUAACAUUUUAUAGGAAGCAAGAUUAUCGUUUAGGUAAUGAGACAAUUCAAUCCUGUGGUGAUUUUUCAUCGAGGUUUUUUAUCCGGUAUUUUUUCACUCACCCGCAAGUCAUUUAACACAAUUCAUUUUUCUUCAAAUCUUUCAGGUUCCAGCGAUUGGGUCUGUGGCUGCGGUUAUUCCAAUUUUCCCUACCGCAAACGAUGCAAUAAGUGUGGUAAAACAAAUAAAAGUCUAUUUCAAUUGCCAUGUUUAGAGCAGUCCAAACGUUUUUUUGAGCCGUGUGAACUUAGAGAAGGUGAUUGGAUGUGCCAAUGUGGAGCACACAAUUUCGCUCGCCGGCUAAACUGUGUUUUCUGCUCGAAACCACACCUUCCUGAAGUCCCUAAAUCGAGUUCUAAGGUUUUUUUUCCAUCAAAAAAUACAGUUACACCCCUAACAGAUCGCUUCUUGCCUGGUGAUUGGGUUUGUAACAAAUGCAAAUCCCACAAUUUUAAGGCACGUUCUGAGUGCCACGUCUGUGCAAGUCCGAAGAUAUUUGAUCCAGAAGUGCAAGUCUCAACGUGGGUUUGCACUGCAUGCCAUGCUUCAAAUUUGAAGGGAAAUGAACAUUGUAAUGUUUGUGGUACUCAGCAGCCUCAAAGAGAAAAUUCCCCCCUUUAUGAUAGAGAUUUCUCUAAAUCAUCACAGUACGAUGAUUGGACUUGUUCUCGAUGUGGAUACUUGAACUUUGAAACACGUGUUCAGUGCAAAAUUUGCAAGAUGGAAAAAGUAGUCUUUGAAAAAUCUACUCUACACAAAACUGAGGAGGGAAACAGCUCUUGA